CGGCGCGGUCAUGUCGUCGACGUACCCCCCACCCCCGGGGUUCUACAAGCUCUACGCCCCUGACGCGACGACGCCGCCUCCGCCGCCACCGGCGCCGGUCGUGGGCGAGUACGUCGUCUACGGCGAGCGUCACUCGACGGUCAUCUCGGACCCGCCGUUCGAGCAGAGCAAGCUGUAUCUCAGCGAGGGCGAGGGCGUGGACCUGCGCGAGGAGCUCAAGCGAUUGAACGCGGAGACGCUCGCGCGAUUCGUCGCGCUCGUCGACGCGACGCGCGCGGCGCCGUCGACGUACGCGCGUCGCGUCGAAGAGAUCACGCUGCUCCUGAACAACAUGCAUCAUCUGCUCAACUCGAUACGGCCGUCGCAGGCGCGGAGCACGCUGGAGCACGUGCUGUCGGAGCAGGUGCGGGAGAAGCGGGCGGCGCUCGCGAAGUUGCGCGCGGACGCGGCGGCGGCGGAGGCGACGAUGGGAAACCCGCCGAACGACGCGCUGCGAGCGACGGUGCGGCGCGCGAUCGACGGCGCGACGCGCGAGGAGACGGAGGAUAAGGAGGAGGAGGAGGAGAGAGAAAAAGCGAUGGACGUCGACGGGUGAUGGAUGCGUCGUCCUACCCCGCUACCUUCUUUUACAUAGAAAUACUACCGCUUAGUU